UUAGUGCCAAAAGGAAAUAAAUAGAAACGCAUACGCGCAAUUUCUGUUGUUCAGAGCUCUUCAGGAAGAAAAGAAAAAAGAAAAACAGAGAAAACCAAACCCUAAUUAGAAACGAUUUCGGAAUCCCUAAUUCGCAAAUCGCAACCCUAGUUGUGCUGUGCGUUGUUGUAGUGGUUUUUGGAAGAGGAGGCUUGAGCUAAACGCUGCGUUUCGACGACGAUGAUCGUGAGCCAGAACAUGGUGACGGAGGCGGAAAUUAUUUGCAAGCAGAACAUUCCGAUGUUGGACGUGAAGAAGUACCACCUUCGCGUGGCGCAAGAGCUCGGCGUUAACGUUAAGGUCGUCGAGGUUUCUCCCACCUCUAACGGCGUUCCCGUCUUCGGCCACGUACGGGUUUCUUCUGAAUCGGUUUCCACCGAAACGACUCGUUUUGAAUCGGUUAUGGGUUGCUCUGAGAUGAUUGAAGAAUCCAUUUUAGAGACUCCUGCUACUGAAUUUACACCGAAUGUUCGAUCUGGUUGCUGUGCUGAUAUUGGACCGAGGGGGUCUAUGGAUGAUGAGCAUAUUCAGAUAGAUGAUCUAGCAGCCCACCUUGGAUUUGUGUUCAAACACCCUAUGCCGAGUGCAUUCUAUGCAGUUUUUGAUGGGCAUGGAGGGCCUGAUGCAGCCGCCUUUGUGAAGAACAAUGCUAUGAGAUUAUUAUUUGAGGAUGCUGAUAUGCUGCAAUCUUAUGAUGCUGAUGCACUUUUUCUGAAGAAGUUGGAAGAUUCUCAUCGGAGGGCAUUUUUGGGCGCAGACCUUGCCUUGGCUGAUGAGCAAAGUGUUAGUAGUUCCUGUGGAACAACGGCGUUGACCGCCCUUGUACUUGGAAGGCAUUUGAUGGUUGCUAAUGCUGGUGACUGUCGAGCUGUUCUUUGUAGGCGAGGAGUUGCCGUUGAUAUGUCCCAAGAUCACAGGCCAAGUUAUUUACCAGAACGAAGGAGAGUGGAGGAGUUAGGUGGUUUCAUUGAUGAUGGGUAUCUCAAUGGUUAUCUUUCUGUGACUCGUGCCCUUGGAGAUUGGGACUUGAAAUUUCCACUAGGUUCUGCGUCACCUCUUAUUGCUGAGCCGGAUGUUCAGGUGGUCACAUUGACAGAGGACGACGAGUUCCUGAUCAUUGGGUGUGAUGGUAUUUGGGAUGUAAUUUCAAGCCAGGAUGCAGUUAGUUUUGUGCGGCGUGGAUUAAGAAGGCAUGACGAUCCUCAACAAUGUGCCAGAGAGCUUGUUAAGGAAGCAUUGCGCCUACACACAUCAGAUAAUCUUACUGUGAUUGUUAUCUGCUUGUCCCCUGUCCAAAGCAUUGUCGAAUCAUGUCCACCCCAGAGGCGAAGAUUCAGAGCUUGUUCUUUGUCUGAAGAGGCCAGGAACAGAUUAAGGAGCUUGCUAGAGGGAAACUGAAUGUAAAUACGGUUCUCAUGAUUCACAGUCAUUCCUUUCAUGAAAAAGAUUGAUUCGUGUUUGUAGGCUGUUUUAGAGUUAUAGCAAGCAGCCAGCAGUUUUGUACGGGUAGUAGAGGAGUAUAAUUGUUGGGGGUUUAGACCUAUUUAUUUAAUUCUGGGGUUUACCUUGGUCUAGGUAGAGAAACAUGUGGCUAGGUAAUUUUGGCGGGAACAAUGUGGGAUUCGAUUUCACAUCCGUAAAUAAGAGAUGAUUUAGGCUUCUCAGCAAUGCUGUGGGUGAAUGCGACCAAAAGACUCAUUAUUUUCUUGAUUGUUGCAUUCAAUAGCGGUUUGUUUGAUGCGUGGGGUGGGAUAGUUGAGUAGAGUGCACGUUUCAACCUAUUUCUAUGUUUUUAUUCUACUCGUUUACUUCCAAUUC